CCUAGAGCAACUUCAGUCAGUGGAUUUUCUUGUAGGUCCAGUUUCAAAGCCGAUCGUCAGUCUGAUCAAUCCGGUCAUUUAGAGUCUAGACCUUCUCUUGGGGAAUGUAGAAGGGGUUGGUUUGAUUUUUUAAAACUAAGUAGAACAAGGAAGCAGUCAAGGUCAAAUAUGUUGAAAUACUCACGUCAGCGACCCCACCUGGAACGGCUCGCUGUCGCCGCCCUUCUGCCCUUCCUGAUCCACUUGGCGGGGCUUUUGUCGUAUGCACUCAGAUUAAGCCGCCGGACUCCCCGCGGUAACAACGGCAGUAAGCCAUCAGGGCAACAACAAUCAGGAGAAGAUUCUACUUCAGAAGAGAUCCGACCUCGCGCAGACCCAUCUCCUCUUCACCCGGAUGACGCAGAAGAGCAGAGGAAAGUCGAACUAGAUCCACAAACUUCGUCUUCUCCAGAGAGGAACAGCAAGAAUAAGAAAUUCAAUCAGGUAUGGGACGUGUUCGUCGAAGACCUAAACCCGGCGGGCGCCGACUCGACGAAGAUAUUGUCGUCCGGUGAUAAAACUAGAAAAGAUGAUGAAGCCGAAAGGAGUACAGGUGCUAGGAAAGGUAUCGUCGAACCGCCGGCACCAGUUAAUAUUUCCGGAAUACUUGACAGCGGCGCCACGACAAGGAAAACUACCUCGUCCCGGCCGAGAUACUUGCUUCGCCUGCGGGAAAACCGGCAGUUUAUUUCGCGCGACGCUGAGCACGUGGUUCUCAGCGGCAACAACACCGUUCUCGAGCGGUAUUCGUUGCACGAUCCCUCCACGAAAACCGCGUCCUGCCGCUACCUGCACGGCGAGGUGUGGGAGUUGCCCGUUCUUGGCGCCGGGCCAGCUUCUACUGGCGAGCCUGCUGAUGUUCUUUCAGGCCUUAGAGGUAGCGAGGGGGAUAAUAUUAAAGCAAAUGUUCUGCACCUCACCGAGCAGAUGAGCGACGCAGUGACCACCGUAGAAGAGGACAGUAGUCCUGUUGGCAGCGUGAUAAAGUCGAUUCUGGACACCGCGACAAACGUCGGCACGGUCGGGGGCCACUGGUGUCCCGGAGACCGCGGGGUCACCCUGCUGAUUCGCAUCCUGCAGGUGGAGGCGGAGGAGCCAUCUGCUGCAGCAAGCCAUAGUAAAGAAGAACAUUCCGACUUGCCAAGUAAGACGUCGUCGAAAAAAACCAGCACGCCGGCCGCACCGCAUCUCUUCGAGCGCGUCUUCACCGUCGUGCCGCGGCGACCUUCAGGACAGGAACAAGAGCGUUCGGCGAAAAAGAAUUUGUUGACCACCUCUAGUCCCCGCCUUGGUGCCUAUGGCAGUACCGGGGCAUUGAAAGACGUCGACGAUCCCCAGCUAGCGGCAUCCGCCCGUCAAGACGACGACCAGUUACGCCGAGAUUUCGAGUCUGCGCUCCACAACCUGCCGCACCAAAUCGAAAUGUCCUACGAGCAUAGGCAAGGUACUUUCGACGCGGCUUCGGCCGACGACGUUGAGGCCGCGCUGGAGCUUCCCCACUCGUUUCUUCAAAUGGCGGCGACGUGGCGUGCGAGUGUGAGUCUCUUGCACAAGAACGCUAGGAUGAAAAGUGAACACGCACACGCACACGCUGUGGCCAGCCGCGAAGGGGAAAAAACGUUGAGUCAGAUCGGUGCAAGGGUUCUGAAAAAAACGAAGUUGCUCAAGAAGGUUUCGAAGGAAGCUGAUGAACAGCAAGCGACGAGCACGAAAUUCGUCGAAGUUCUGGUUGUGAAUGACGCGUCGCGGUUGCAGCAGUUUAACGGCGACCGGGCUGCUCAGGCCGCGGACGCCACUGCGGUCAUGAACGUGGCGCACGCCAUCUACGCACACGGGCACAACAACUUUCCCCACGACAUCCGCGUGGUGAUGGUCGGGAUUAUGACCUUCGCGGACAGGGACCCCUACGAGGACGGGCUGGUGGGCGCAUACUAUCAAAUGUAAAAAUGUCUGGGUCUGGAAGAAUGCAACUUGUCAUGCUAAAUCUGAAGCAUGUAAAAAUCUGUGUUGCAUGAUUACCAAAAGUCGUCCAGUUUUGCCCAAGUCGGGAGGGAGUUUCUCAUGCAGGAUAGGCAUGAGAGAGAUCGCACAGAAUCUGUCACGCUAGGUCCUGCAUUCCAGACCUCAUGGGUCAUGGAAAAGCAGCAUGACAAAUCGCGCAUUCUUCCAGACCCAGACAUUUUUGCAUUUGAUACAUACAGCAACCGGACGAAGGACGACGGCACGGUGGUGCUCGAGAUCAGCAGCAACACCCUGCUCCGAAAGUUUUACGAGUGGGCCCACGCGGAACAAACGGCGGGCAAUCUAAAGCCGUCGGACAACCGGGUCUUGCUUUCGGGCCGCGACUUCGACAGCGUAACCGUCGGGCUGGCCAACGUGGGGUCGAUGUGCAAUGUGCACGACUCCGGUUCCAUCAACGCUUGCCACGGCCCCUACCGGGACUCGAGUCCCAGCGAACUGAGCGCGACCUCACCCGACCCCAACUGGGGCACCGCGGAUGGGAAGUAUGUUGUGCGGUGCGCGCAGAUCGUCGCGCACGUAUGAACUUGGAAAUGAUUUAUAGCAUCGUACUUACUCAGUAGUAUAUUGCAUGACAAUUUUUUUGAGAAACAAGAAAUGGGCUCAUAUUGCCAUGCGGAGCAAGCAGACUCGGAGCAGGAGAAUAUUGAAUCAGUCAUUAUGAUAUUACUGCAAUUACGAGUACGACUGCAACACACGAUUUUUGCAGAGGAUAAUACGAACUGGGGCACAACUUCAACAUGAACCAUGACGACGGACAGGGCACCGACGCGGCGGCACCCGCCGGGGAAACCUCCGAGAGCAGUGUCGCAGAGCACUUCAAGGAACAUGAAGCUGGACAUAGCCACGGCUCGUCGCAUCUUCAAGCCGUGCAAGCGCAAGAGGGCAGCGACGACGAAGAGGUUAUCGUCUAUGAGCCUCCGAAGUCCGUUUUCGAGACUGAGGGACAUGAGCCCGAGCUGGAGGCGGGACGGUAUUCGCAAGAGGCCGAAGUAGAUCCCGGGUUCCGCAACGCCGUGGUGGCCGUGCAGGGGAGUAGUUUGCAACAGGACCGCGCGCAUUCUAGUAGUACGCACCCGGCCCCGCCCUCCUCCGCCCCCGGCGGUUUUCUUUUUUCGUCCGACGCGGUGGAUAAGAGUGCAACGUCACCCCCGGAGGUGCCGUCGCCCGCGGAUCCUGGAACAUCAACAAAUGGAACAACAAUCUUCAACACGCCUCCUGAAGAAGAAGCUGACGGCGGCUUCUUGCUAGGGACGUCUGGAGAGCAGCAAGCGGCAACCGGGCCCUUCUGCCCGCAGUCGGGGUUCAUUAUGGAAGCCAUUGGGGGGCAGGUCGGGGAGCUGGUGCAGACCACAAAAAUGUUUAACACCGACACCGUCGUCACGCACAAAGUGUUUUCGGAAUGCUCCAAGGACUACAUUGCCGGCUACUUCGCAGACCACUACGAGAACAAUGGGCAGUGCCUAGAAAACGUGCCGGAGUUCGUGGCGGGAGACCCCCAGUGCGGCAACGGCAUUGUGGAGGAAGGGGAGGACUGCGACUGUGGCAGCAGCGAUUGCAGCUUCGCCGGCGGCGGCUUCGAGGGAGCCAUCACCUCGAAGGACGUGUGCUGCAACGGGGCGACGUGCAAAUUUCUGCAGGACAAUUUCGAGUGCUCCGACCGCACACACGAGUGCUGCCACCAGUGCUUUUUCCGGCCAAAGGAGGACAACCACAUGUGCCGGGCGCCGCGGCACGCGGAGUGCGACCUGCCCGAGUUCUGCGACGGGACGUCGGGGUCGUGCCCCCGAGAUUUGUUCGCCUACAGCGGCAAGUCCUGCACGCAGGGCUUCCGGGCGUUCACGGACCUUAGUGUGGUGGAGAAAGCGAACUUUACCAAACCGGGCAAGUGCCUGGACGGCAGCUGUAUGUCGAUGGAGUACACGUGCGGCGUCACCGUGAACAGCCUGCGGGACCUGGCCAAGACUCCGACACGGGCCACCGGUGGAGGAGCUGUGGUCAAAGCGGUGGACCUAGAGUCCGCGCACUGCCACCGGUUUAACGACCAGUGCUCCGUCGCGGUGUGCCACACGAUUGGCGCAACGGACCUUGAUUGCCAGUCCGGGUUUACCAUUAUCCUUUGCAAAAGUAUCGUACUCGUAGUAAUUGCAAUCACGCAUUACAAAUUUUUUUCUGAAGGUAAAUCCGCAUUACAAAUUUCAUUUCUCAUGCUGAGGAAAUUUGUUAAAUGCAUUUGUACGAGUGCGAUACUUUUGCAAUGCAUAACCAUGCACGGCCAGCAGAUGUCGGUCCCGGACGGCACGCCGUGCUGGCACCGCACCAGCCCCUUCGACCACCGCGACGGCAUGUGCUAUUCCGGCCGGUGUUACGCAUAAUACAAAUCUACUGCUCGUCGUUCCACAUGAAAAUAUGUACAACAAGAUGCAUCACAAAUUAUUUGGCAAACUAUAGAGCAUGCAACUUGUAAUGCUGAAUCGGGGUGCUGGGGAUGAAAACGAAAAAAUCCACACAUUCAGAAAACUACGCAUUUGUACGUGUACAUGGGGAUGAGAAGAAGAUUUCCUAUGAAUCACUCUCGUUGGCCGGGCGCGCUGCAGUCGGUCGAGGCCUCGAAGUGCGGCAACGGUGGCGUGGAGUACGGGGAGGAGUGCGACUGCGGCGAAACGGCGCAGGCAAACAGCCCGUGUUGCGACUGCGCCACCUGCAAGCUGCAGCCCACCGCGGUGUGCAGCGGGCCCGACGCGUGCUGCGACCCGGCCACCUGCCAGUUUCGAAAGAGCGACUUCGUGUGCCGGACGGCGGUGGACGCGGGUUGUGACCUGCCUGAGACCUGCACGGGCGAAAGCGGCAUUUGCCCGGCGGACAAGGGAAAGCCCUGGGGCACGCCCUGCAAGGCGGCGGACGGCACGGGUAGCACCUGCUACGCGAAGAAGUGCCAGAUCAGCAAGAACGCACAGUGCCAGCACGUGAGCGAGCAGCAACUGCAGCGGGGCAAGGUGACGGCGGUCUACCCCAUCUCGGAUACACAAAUUGAGUUGCCCGAAGAUGCACAAGCCACGGCGGAAGGAGCUCCGGAGAGCAGGGACGGCUGGACGCGCGAGACGCUCCGGCGCACGGGGGACGACGAUAUGAGCAGCUGUGUGGCGCUGAAGUGCUGCAGGGAAACGACGACUGCGGGCGCGGCGGGACAGGAACCGACCGUGAAAAAAACGUGCACGGCCAUGCCAACGACCUGGCUGGAUUACACGGUGGAGAACAAGCUGUCGCACCUAUCGUAUGUAAAAACGUCCUAACCCAGAGGCAAGAAGGGAAUUUUGCUACACAGUGCCAGCAUCUUUUGGCUGUCGCGCAUGACAAGUUUGGACUCGCAGUGUCAUCGCGUUUAUUAGCUAUUGGAGCUGCAUCACAAAUCGAUCCCCUUAUGCUGAUCCUAGCAUGACAAACUGCCAGACAGCAUUACAGAAUGCUCCUCAUGGGACUCUGCAUCACAAACAUUUGAGGGUUGCAGAUUUGCAUGGCAAAUAUGGGGUGAGGACGUUUUAGCCCAGAAUAGCACCGACUGUACACCAACCCGGUGGUCACGGGGACGCUUCUCGUGAACGGGCAGGCCAACCACUUCAGCGACGAGGCGCAGAAAAAAGCGGUGGAAGCCGUCCGCCCGCACGCGGAGUGGUACGAGCGGCAGGUGCGGGUGAGCGGGGUGGUCGAAACGAAGUCGUUAUGCAUUGCAAAUAUGUCUGGGUCUGGAUCUCGAGAGAUGCAACUUGUGAUGCGGAUUCUGGAAUAGGCAAAAAUUUGUAUUGCAUGAGCGCCAUUGAAUUCUGCCCAUUCCUUCGUGCGCAAAUUAUGCGGAAUCUCUCAUGCAGGAUUGGCAUCAACAGGCUUGCGCAAAACCGGUAAUGCUGUUGCGUGCAAUAGAGACCAUUUGUGUGGUCGAAAAGAUGCAUGACACAUUCGUCCAGACCCAGACAUGUUUGCAGUUGAUAGUCGUACGAGAAAAAGCUCGGGCUGCAGCUGUGCGUCCGCGGCGAGGCCAUCGUGCCGGUCACGCACGCGGCGCAGUGCCCCCAGCGCACGUUUUUUGAGGAGUCCAUCGGCGAGUGCCUCCCCUGCGAUUCCUCCUGCGCCGUCGCGUGCUCCGGUUCCACCGCGUUGGACUGCGAACCGGGCACCAUAGUAGUCGUGGUGGACGAGGAGCAACAAGAAGAACAACCCGCGGCGACCGCCAUGGAGGGCGAACCCCUCACCACGGCGGAGCCCCCGACGAGCAGUCAACCUAUAACUACAGAAAUAACGGUGAUCUGCCGGGAGGUCCUAAACGCCACAUCAGGAGUGCGCGCCGAGCCGGACAGCCGCGGCAUGUGUCCCGCGGGCAUUGAGAUGGUGGAGAACGUCGAGCUGGUGGAUAAAGAGAUUGAAGUCGGCGGCGAGGCCGAGCUGGCCCUGAGCCCGCUCGGACCGAAUUUAGGGUCGCACACGGUGCCGCCGAAGGAAAAAGUGCUGAACGCGACGGUACCGGGUGUUUUGCCCUACGUUCCCGCGCCGCCGAUUUAUGUCGUGAAGGAGGAGGAAGACGACAAGACAGUGUUGGACAACUUAGGGGAUACGCUGGGCGAUUUGGGUGAAGCUCUUACCGGGGAGAAUCUGGACAAAACAAUCGACGCCGCCGCGAAGGGCUUGAGCGAGGCCAAGGAUUCGCUGAAAGAGAACGCGUCGGCGCUGAAGGACGCCACCAAAAAUGCGGUGACCAACAUCGUCAACGGCGAGUGCAGCCGGGCGGACAUCUACCUUGUCAUCGGUGUCAGCUAUUCCGAGUAAGAACGUCCCCACCCCAGAGUUGUCAUGCAAAUCAGCACGCCAAAAGAGUUUCUCAUGCGGAGCCCCAUGAGAAGCAUUUUCUAGUCGUGUUUUGGGAUUUGUGAUGCUAUGAUGAGCAUGAUAAGAUAGGUCGCUGAUGCUGCUGAACUACCUAAACAGGAUCACGGUACGAGGACAAACUUGUCAUGCGAACCAACCAGAGCUGGCUGAUGUGUGUAGCAGAUUCCCCACCUUGACUCUGGUGUGGGGACGUUUUUACUCAGGAUAUCACCCUGGGCCUGCUCAUCGUGGGCGGGUGUGUGUUGUGCUACCUGUGGCGCUGCAUCAGACGGUGCUGCUGCCCGGCCGACGAGAAGCCGCGGGUCGCAACGCCGGCGCCGCGCGCCGCCAAGGCCGAGCCGGUCAAGAUCAAGCGGCACGUUGUGAAGGUAAAACGAACCCCUGCCGUCGUGCAGGUAAAACAAACGCCCGCCGACGGAAAGGAAGCCUCCAGCUCCUCCUCCUCCUCUUCUAGCGAAGAUGAAAUUUCCACGACGCACAUUGCGGGCAUGCCUGAGCAGGCCCAUCCGCGCAGCACCGUGAGCUCGAGGAAGAGGGCGCGCGGCUCGACCACGUUCAUGGAUUUUGGGACCGACGAAACCGAUAUGGAAUGCAAAUAUGUCUGGGUCUGGAGGGUUGCAGUUUGUGAUGCUGUCUCUGGAUUCAAAAACAAUCUGUAUUGCAUGACCAGCAAGAGGAGCCCGGUUUGCGCUACGCGGGGAGGGGAUUUGUUUCUCAUGCGGAGUAGGCACCAUCAGGAGGCCCUCUAAAAACCUGUGAUGCUAGGCCAUACACUAAAGGUAUGAUGGGUCAUACAAAAUAUGCAUGACAAACUCUUCAUUUUUCCAGGCCCAGACACAUUUGCAGUGCAUAACCGACAUGAGUAGGAGCAGUGACGACAACAUGGCCGAGGUUGCGGAAACCCGAAAAAUUUAUCCUGUGCAAAAGUAUCGUACUCGUACAAAUGCAAGUUUUGCAUUACAAAUCUUGUUUCCAAGGCAAAUCUGCAUUACAAAUUUUAUUUCGCAUGCUGAGGAAAUUUGUAAUGCAUUUAUACGAGUGCGAUACUUUUGCAAUGCAUAAAAUUCAGCUCCAGUUGGUUUCGAAAAAGGUCUAAGUGGUCUGAGUUAGUCUACUUCUGGAGAAACGAGAUUAAGGACGACAUUGAGGAUUUGUCUGAGGACCAUUAUAAUCACUGUAAUCAAGGAUUGUUACGUGGCGAUGCUGAUCAAAGUGCAGUUUAUGUUUAUUAUUCGCAAGUAAGUAUUGACAUUGAGAAACUUUUCGAGUUUCUGUAUCUUCUGUUGUAUAAUGAUGAUAACUUGUAGUAGUUUCUGAAUAAUCUGACAGUAAGUACGCAAAAAUAAGCAGCAGUUGUUUCAGCUGACAGCAUAUUUUAUACAUUGCAACAAUUCAUUUUCAUCACCGAGCCAAUUUCUCACAGCGGCCGACUAUUUUAGUUUUACGGAUUAUACAACCAAAUCACAGAAGUUUCAUCUUCCGACACAAGAACUCCAGUGCGCAGGGAGGGGGCGGAUGUCGAGAAGAAAAUUUAGUUUUUUAGUUGCACAAUGAACCAGUCAAACACCUCCGAGAACAAACCAUUAUUUCAGCUUCGAGUUACAAACUUUUGACUGCCUUUUGAAAACUUAACAACAAUUUUAUCCAAACGAAUUUUCUUUUUAUGUCCCAAAAAAUUGAUCCUUGUCUUGAGAGCCAGAACGAAGUGUUUCUAUGUUGAUGCAACUUUUUACACCUGUACCUACUACUACCAAAACUUGAUGGUGAUGCAAGCGUCAUUGAGAUUGAAUUUGAAUUUGAGACUAGCUUAGCUUUAUGGUUCUGAAGGGUACUACUUCUCUCUCUCUGACGUCACGUAUAGCCAUUAAAAAUUGGACCUUUUAAACGCUGUACAUACGUUGGAAGUAUUAUCGAAAAGAAUGAAACCGAAGUCUGCGCGCCGUUUCCCUUUCCUGACACGUUGAAAGAACGUCC